GUUUGUUCUCUAGGUCGACUAGUUUGUUCCCGGGGAAUAUACCUACCGACAACGUCUGUUGAGAGAACCACCCACGUUCAAAGCGAGGCUUUUGGCCCGACGCAGCAGUUAUUGAGAUUGUUGCUUGCAAGGCCUACCGAAUAUAGGUUGAUCCAUCGUAGGCGUUGAGGAGGGCAUAAAGCGAGACACUUCUGUGCGGCAGCAUCUGCACCAUAUCUCAAGGCAGCGGCAGAGCUGCGAGCCGGUAUGAGAUGUGGCAGUGCCGCCUUAGAGCGCAGGCUUAGCGGUGGGGAGUGGGGGCAGUCUCUGGCACACAGGAGGGCAGACCCGCUUCCUACUGCGCCCAUGACAUCUUUGCAGUGCAGGCGCCAGUGUGCUGCGCACGCCCUGCAGAGAUGGCAGUCCCACGGCAGAGAACAGAAUCAGGUCAGGGCAGAGGCAGGGCAUGUGGCUCCCCCAUCGGCGGCCCCAUCUGCCCCAGCAAAGCUGCCGCCUUCGUUGCUGCGCAGCGACUCGAUAGAUUACAGUUUGGCGCUGUCCCUGGACAACAUCCGGCAGAGCCUGAUCCGUCAGGAAGACACCAUCAUCUUCGGCCUCAUUGAGCGCGCGCAGUUUGCUGCCAACCGCCCUGUCUACGAGUCCGGAGCCAUGCCUGUGCCAGGCUAUGGGCCGGACGGGAAGCAGUUCAGUUUGCUGGAGUACAUGCUGUGGGAGACAGAGCAGAUGCACUGCAAGGUCCGGAGGUACACCAGCCCAGACGAGCACCCCUUCUUCCCCCACGACUCGCCGCCCCUCAUUCUGCCCCCCAUUCAAUACCCCGAGGCAGGCUCCGACCCCCCAAACCCCCUUUUUGCAGUGUUGGCACCGUUUGCGAGGGAAAUAAACAUCAACGACAAGAUCAUGCAGCUGUACCUGGACCACCUCGUGCCGGGGAUUACUCAGCCAGGGGAUGAUAACAACUACGGAUCCGCCGCUUGCCAUGACGUCCUUGCUCUGCAGGCUCUGUCCAAGCGGAUACACUACGGCAAGUUUGUGGCCGAGGCGAAGUUCCGCGCGCGGCCGCAGGAGUAUGCGCGCCUCAUCAGGCAACGCGACUCAGACGCCCUCAUGGCAUUACUCACCGAUGAGGCCGUCGAAGCAAAGGUGGUUGAGAGGGUGAGGAGGAAGGCAGCCAUCUACGGGCAGGACAUCCAGGGGGAUGACAGCUUCAACAUGGACCGCUUUGCAGCCGUUGUGGCCGCCAGGUCUGCCGGCUCUUCGAAUGGCCAGUCACCCGCCGCCUACAGGGGAGGCAGCUCGGCAGGGCACAUGGUGAGCUACAAGGUGGAGCCAGAGGUCGUUGCUGAGCUGUACAGGAGAUGGGUCAUGCCGCUGACUAAGGAGGUGCAGAUUGCGUACCUGCUCAGGCGGCUCGAGAGUCGUGGGCAGGUCUGAGAGAGCGUGGCCGGAUUGGCCAGGCAACUAACAAGUUGUAGCAUUGCAAUUGCUGCCACGUUUGCAGGCGUGGCAGAUGUAGAUUGAGGGAAUUGAGGGGGAAGCAGUGGGAAAUUGAAUUGGUUAGGGUAGAUAGGUGUCUGUCCCAUAACAGAUGUUCGGGACAAUAAUGUAUGAUUACCUGGGAGCAACAAUAAUUUGCUUGAAACAGUCUGCAGACUAAUCUCGGAGCAGGACUUUCGGAAAUAGAUUUGAAGCAUGAUAUGAUAGAUCUGGAGCUCUGGAGCUCAAGCGACGCGUCAAUUUAUAAAACCAAUUGUAAGCGCUGUUUGGUGCA